AUAUUGGGAAACAACGGAAGUGAGAGAGUGAGAGCGACAGAGAGAGAGAGAGAGAGAGAGAGGACCAGAUAGAGAGAUAACCGCGGGUGUGUUGAGUCAAUCAGUUUCCGAAAAAGGGCGUCCUCCUCCCCGCUGCCUUUUUUCUCAUGUUUGUCUCUAUGGAGGAAGGGGCGGUCUGAGCGCCACAGCAGAUCCGGAAUUAGACCGUGUUCCCUCGGCUCGGCUCGGCUCGGUCGGUCGGUUGGUCGGUCGGUUGGUGGGCUCCGCGGCGGUUCGGUCCCAGACAAGCGGAGAGAGACCGGAGCUUUUAAUUAAUCCUAAAAAAGAAAAGAGAAGAAAGAAGGAGGCUGAGCUGAAAGUGUCGACCGAGGGAGGGACGACAACACCGGACCAGAAAAGAGGAAUAAAAAAAGAAGAAGAAGAAAGAAAAGUAGAGGGAGGAGAAGAAGGGAAAGAUGCCCCUGGCUCAGUUGGCAGAUCCCUGGCAGAAGAUGCCACUGGGGGGGACGGCAGGAGAGGAUGCUCAUCACGAUCCGGAGGACUCGGUGGGCGAGGACGACUCCAUGCCUGGCUGCACCGAUGACGUGCCAAUUAAGGAGAUCAGCAUCACCCACCAUGUGAAGGAGGGCUCAGAGAAGGCCGACCCGCGACAGUUCGAGCUGCGCAAAGUCCUGGGACAAGGCUCCUUCGGCAAGGUGUUUCUGGUGAGGAAGAUCACGGGGCCAGAUGCCGGUCAGCUGUACGCCAUGAAGGUCCUGAAGAAAGCCACGCUGAAAGUGCGCGACCGGGUCAGGACAAAGAUGGAGAGAGACAUCCUGGUGGAGGUCAACCAUCCCUUCAUCGUCAAACUGCACUACGCGUUUCAGACGGAGGGGAAGCUCUACUUGAUCUUGGAUUUUCUCAGAGGAGGAGAUCUCUUCACUCGUCUCUCGAAGGAGGUGAUGUUCACAGAGGAGGACGUGAAGUUUUACCUGGCUGAACUCGCUCUGGCGCUCGAUCACCUUCACGGCCUCGGCAUCAUUUACAGAGACCUCAAGCCUGAGAACAUCCUGCUCGAUGAGGAGGGCCACAUCAAGCUGACCGACUUUGGCCUCAGCAAGGAGUCGAUAGACCAUGAGAACAAAGCCUACUCCUUCUGCGGGACCGUGGAGUACAUGGCUCCCGAGGUGGUGAACAGGCGGGGACACACGCACAGCGCCGACUGGUGGUCGUACGGCGUGCUCAUGUUUGAGAUGCUGACGGGAACGCUGCCGUUUCAAGGCAAAGACCGGAAAGAGACGAUGACCAUGAUCCUCAAAGCCAAGUUGGGAAUGCCACAGUUUUUGAGCUCAGAAGCUCAGAGUCUCCUCAGGAACCUUUUCAAACGCAACCCUGCCAACAGAUUAGGAGCUGGACCGGACGGAGUGGAGGAGAUCAAGAGGCAUCAGUUCUUCAGCACCAUCGACUGGAAUAAACUGUACCGCAGAGAGAUCCACCCUCCUUUCAAACCUGCUGCAGGACGACCUGACGACACUUUCUAUUUUGAUUCAGAGUUCACAGCUAAAACACCCAGAGACUCUCCGGGGGUUCCUCCCAGUGCCAACGCCCAUCAGCUGUUCAGAGGAUUCAGCUUUGUGGCCAUAACAGAGGAGGAAACACAACCACUACCCAAUGCUAUUGUACAGCAACUGCACCGAAGCACGUCCCAGUUCGGAGACGCCUACGAGAUCAAAGAGGACAUCGGCGUCGGCUCCUACUCCAUCUGCAAGCGCUGCAUACACAAAGGAACCGGCAUGGAGUACGCCGUCAAGAUCAUCAACAAGGCCAAGAGAGACCCGACGGAGGAGGUGGAGAUCCUGCUGAGAUACGGGCAGCAUCCCAACAUCAUCACCCUCAAGGACGUGUAUGACGACGGCCGGUCGGUGUUCCUGGUGACGGAGCUGAUGAAAGGAGGCGAGCUGCUGGACAAAAUCCUCCGACAGAAGUUCUUCUCCGAGAGAGAAGCCAGCGCUGUUCUCUACACCAUCACCAAGACUGUGGAGUACCUGCACGUUCAGGGGGUGGUGCACAGAGACCUGAAGCCCAGUAACAUCCUGUACGUGGAUGAGAGCGGGAACGCCGAGUCCAUCAGGAUCUGCGACUUUGGUUUCGCCAAACAGCUGAGGGCGGAGAACGGCCUGCUCAUGACGCCGUGCUACACCGCCAACUUUGUCGCACCAGAGGUGUUGAAGAAGCAGGGUUACGACGCAGCCUGUGACAUCUGGAGCCUCGGCGUCCUGCUCUACACCAUGCUAACAGGCUUCACUCCCUUCGCCAACGGUCCGGAGGACACACCGGAGGAGAUUCUGGCUCGUAUCGGCAGCGGGAAGUUCUCUCUGAGCGGAGGAUACUGGACGUCUGUUUCUACUGAGGCAAAGGACCUGGUGUCUAAGAUGCUGCACGUGGACCCGCACCAGCGGCUGACGGCGGGUCAGGUCCUCAGACACCCCUGGGUGACGCACAGAGACCAGCUGCCCAAGUACACCCUCAACAGACAGGACGCCCCGCACCUCGUCAAGGGUGCGAUGGCGGCCACCUACUCGGCCCUCAACAGGAACGUCCCUCCGAUCCUGGAGCCGGUGGCCUGCUCCACUCUGGCCCAGCGGAGGGGGGUGAAGAAGAUCACCUCCACCGCUCUGUGACCUUUAACCCCCCUCCUCCACCCCUCCUCCCGUCAACUCUGACCUCGAUCUGACCUCCGCCGGACCACCCUCCGCCCCCCCCUCCUCUCCCCUCUCCUGUCCAGUCCGGUCCAGUCCAGUCCGGCGGGACAGACUACUGAUGGACCUGGGAACCGCUAACGCCAAAUAGGAGCACAGAGACCGCCGCUGACCCCCUCCCCUCCCUGUCCUGCACCUUAACGGACUCUUCUGAUUGGAUCUCUUCUGCUGUCUUACUGUAGAGUCUCAGCUGUGGCGUCACCGAUCGACAGCCGGACUGAGCUGUAACGUCUUUUCCCACCGUGGAGGCCGAGUCCUCCUGCGGUGUUGUGUGUGUUUUUUGUUUUUUUUUUGCUCUGGACAAUCAGCGCUGCCUCGUAGACCCAGAGACGCGUCAGGAAAAUGAAAGUACUGUAUUUAUUUACUUCAAAACUGGGGGAAUCUGAACAUAGGAACGUGGUAAUCCAACGUUUAAAGAGCUAGGAUCAUCGUUAUUAUUACUGGCGUCACGGUUCUGCGUAGCUGUAGAUCCUGCAUUUAAAACCUCAAGUAGCCUCUGAGAUGACGGCGUCUACAGAAAAGGACAGAGGGUGAGAAUCAGCGCGAGAGGCAGGUUAGUGUGAGCAGAGCGGCCUCGCUGUGUGUGUUUUAGAUUCACCGACAAAUCAAGACUCAGGAGAGGAAACCAGAGAGCAGGAGAGUCUGGUCUUAUGUGACGGUUUAGGGAUAAAGAAAAGUCUCAGGUGCAGUUAGAGACUCCCAGUGUUCAGUAUUUACUCCAUGAACAAAAUCUAAUUGGUUCCUUUAGCAGUAUAGAUUCCUCAGACUCCAGAUAUUUCUGAUCAUUUCACUUUAAAGCUGCACAAGGCAAGUUGACGUUUUGGACGCCCCCUGGUGGCCACAGGAGGGUGAAUCUUUGGCUGAAAUUAUGCAAAGUGACGGCAUUUUACACUUAGAGGGCUGUGCACCACACAGACUUCCCUCCAGCGUCUUCACCCAGGAGCAGAAACACUGAGAGUUUAAAGCCCCUCUCAGGCUGACAGCUGUAUUCUCACAGAGGAAUCUUGCCUCGUGCAGCUUUAAGACACGCCAGUCAGUUUAAGUUAAAUUCUAAGAAACAUCUUGAGGCUUCAGGAGGUUUGGAAGACAGAGACGGGUGAUUUUUGCACAACAAAUGUAAGAGAGCAGGUAUGAGGAGUCGUAUUUUGCCCCCCCCCCCCCACACACAAAACAAACAGGAGGCUUUUGUCGCGACCUGACAAUCUGUUGGAUUUUUAAAAAAGGCGAGAGAGCUUCCUGCUUCCUGCUUCCACGACCGAUCUCUGGCGUGAGAACACUUGAACCCGGACGACCUUCUGUAACGAGCCGCCCGAUCAUCUCUGCGUGUGCAGCCGACAGGGAGCUGAACUGUAAAUACAAACAACGUCGAGCAACUCAGGUUUCUACGAAUCAAGACAAUGCAUUUUUAUAUGUCCAGGAGGAGGGAGAUGUACAUAAACAAAGCACACAAGUGUGGGUGAUGGGAGGAGAGCGGGAUUCAUCAGAGAAGCUGUGGGUGUUUAACGAUAAGAAGAGUUUCAUUCCAAAACUUCAUCGAUGCUUUUUGUCUUUCUGGAUGUUUAUUUCGUGAUUUACAGUCUUAAACCACCUGUCGUCUGUUUUGGAAUCAGACUCUUUGUGGCAUCGUUUUCCACCAUGUGACCAAACUGUCGGUGUCUGUGAUGGAGAGGAUCGUCUGUCAGCUAAACCCUUUAACAACUCACCUGUGUAGCAGAUAAAACAGCACCUGCACCUGUAGCCAGGCUUCAUAUCCACCUUUAACCCUGGGGAAUUAAAGGGUUAGUUCACCCAAAUGACUAAAAGACGAACCUCUGCACUGCUUAAAGGUUUAGUUUGACUGCAAAUGCAAAUGUCAUAUAAGGAAGACAAUGAAAUUUUGGUGAGAAAUACUGGAUAUAAAUAUUUGCCUCACUCUGCAUCGUCUGAGUUCAAGUCUUCCACAAACAGACAUGUUUUAUGGAGACUGAAAACAAGAACAAAUCAUAUUUCUUCUUCUAAACCCUCCAAAACCUCUGCAGUCUUUUCUACUACUCAUUAUCCUACGUCACAGGCUGCAUAAAUGUAUGUGUUUCCACCAGUUUCAGCCAAACAGUAAUUUUCUUUUGUCAGAUUAAUUUAUUUUUAAAAAUUCAGAGAUCUGCAGAAGCAGACGUCUGACUUUCAGCCACGUUUUGAGGCUGUUCUCAGUGGCUGGAGUUGGCUGAUAAUAAUAACUCACAUUUAAAUCCAUCUCCAUGACAAGAAGAUCUGGUUUAAAGCAAGCUAGUCAGACUUUUUCCCAAAGUCAAGAAUGUGUCGUUUCCUUGGAGUUUGGGUGAACUGGCCCUUUAAUUCCAGCACAAGUUGUUUUUCUAGAGGAACACUCAGCUGUUAGAUACGACCUCUGACCAACCAGAGUCCAGUAUUCAGAGCCUUCAUGGUUCAGUCUCAUCAGUUUAAAGUUGUUUGUGCCUCUGCUGCAAAAAAACUAACAAAACAAAAAACCUCCAUGAACGAGGAGACUGAAGACAAUCAGCGAGCGCUAAAAAAAAGAACCCAGCUUUCUGUGACUCUCCCCUUCAUCUGUAACCAUGACCGCCUUCAUCAACGCUGCGUAUCUUUAGGUGAAUGAUUCUUCCUCUCUGUGGUCGUGUGAAUGUCUGAAAACAUAAAGGGAUUAAAACAAAAAAAAAAAAAAUCACUGCUCUGAGACAAAAAGUUUGAUUUUCUUUUAUUUUAUAUAUCACAUGAAAUAUACAAAUGUUGAUCUUUGCCUCGUCUAUCGAUGUACAGCUCUGGGAUAAAGGAAUGUAAAAGGAAUGAUUUUGUUUUCUGUAAUUAUAAAACAGGGGAAUAGCUUUCUCUCUUCUUCUUCUCUCUCCAUCUUCCUCCUCCUCUUCUUCCUCUUUCAUCUGAUCCUGUCAGAGACGCAUUCAGCCCUGCUGCUACGCCAGCUCUCUGUUUUUGUACCUGCAGUGAGAGUUGGACUUUCUAUUAAAAACAAUAAAAAGGAUAAUCAGCUGA